UUUUUUUGCUGCUCUCUUUAUUCUUCAAACUCCACUCUUUAGAGAGUUUCCCCCACACCUAUCUUUUUUGCUUGUUUUCUCUUUCCUUCUAAUCUGACCUCUCUUUGAUUUCACUUUUCUUUUUCUGAUCCAUGACUGUUUUCUCCUUGACUUGCUCAAACUUUUACUUCUAAUUUUCACUUCUUUUUCCUCUUCCUUCCUUCCUUCCUUCCUUCCUUUCUCUUUACCGUCUAUUCAUGCCUAACCUCUAAAAUGUUGUUAGAGCUAAUUGCUCUCAGCAGGCUUUUCUCUGUGGCCGUCACGAUGCUCUCCAUCAUGUGAUGACACUGCGGGAGCUUGUUAUUAGGGACCUGUGGACUUCUGCUCGACAUGCUGCACACAAUUCUUACAUCCUAAAUUUAAUAUUUGGGAACCAGUGGCUAUUACACGCUGGCUACUACAGUUAUGACAGAAACUGUUGUGUAGUCAGAAUCUGUUUCGAUCUUUUGCUGCUUUGGAUCAGAUACCAGAACUGCAUAAUGGCUGAAGAGAUUUUACUUCCAUCUUCAAGGAAAAUCACUUCGCACCUGACUGGCUCUCUGCUAGCUGUGGCCUUCUUGACCUCCUUUGGGAGCUCUAUGCUGUAUGGCUACAACCUGGCUGUGGUCAACUCCCCUGCUGCAUACAUAAAGAAUUUCUACAACAAAACCGUUCUGAGCAGAAAUGGAACAGGACUCAGUGAGGAGACCCUGACGCUGAUGUACUCUCUAACAGUGUCAGUGUUUGCUAUUGGAGGUCUACUAGGUUCCCUCAUUGUUGGUAUGCUGGUUAGUCGCUUUGGGAGGAAAGGUACAGUGGUCAACACCACAGUGCUGGUGUUUAUUGCUGGCUUGCUCAUGGGCUUCAGCAGAAUUUGUGGUUCACCUGAAAUGGUCAUCUUUGGCCGCUUCAUCACUGGAAUACAUUCAGGCAUCUCGCUCAGUGUAGUACCAAUGUAUCUUGGUGAGAUAGCACCGAAGAACCUGAGAGGAUUCUUGGGUCUUGUUCCAAGCAUCUUUAUAGGCACCGGGGUCUUUGCUGCCCAAAUCCUCGGCCUCCAUGAGCUUCUGGGAAAGGAGGAGUAUUGGCCCCUCUUUCUUUCAGUGGUGGUGGUACCAACGUUCAUCCAGCUGCUGCUGCUGCCAUGGUUCCCAGAGAGCCCAAGAUACUUGCUGAUCGAGAAAAAUAAUAUCCAUGCCACAAUCACAGCUCUGAAAUGGUACAGAGCCAAGUGUGACAUCCAAGCUGAAAUUGAGGAGAUGCAGGAUGAACAGCGCUCCCUGUCAUCCGUAGAAACGCUGUCCGUGUGGAACCUGUUGCUGGAUAAUUCAGUCCGCUGGCAGGUGCUGAGCGUGGUGGUCAUCAACAUUGGCAUGCAGCUGUCUGGGAUUGAUGCUAUCUGGUUUUAUACAAAUGAUAUCUUUGAGAACGCCGGCAUCCCAGCUCCAGAGAUCCAGUAUACUACAGCAGGAACAGGAAUUAUAGAGAUCAUCGCUGGACUCAUUGGGUGUUUCACUAUAGAGAAGCUGGGCAGGAGGCAUCUCAUGAUUGGGGGCUUCACCAUGAUGGGGAUCUGCAGCGCUGGAAUCACAUUAGCCCUCAUUUUACAGGCUAAGUUACUGGUCAUGCGCUACGUCAGUGUCUGCUGCGUGGUCGGCAUCAUCGCUGGGUUCUGCAUUGGUCCAGCUGGUGUUCCCUUCCUGAUAACAGCAGAACUGUUUAAACAGUCCCAUCGCCCUGCAGCCUACAUUAUAGGAGGCUCGUUAAACUGGCUCUCUAACUUCACUGUGGGCUUUGUCUUCCCCUUCCUCCAGAUGUCUGCUGGCUCAUACUGCUACUUGGUUUUUGCCACAGUUUGCUUUUCUGUCGCUGUCUAUGUUUAUAUUGUAAUCCCAGAGACUAAAAACAAGACAUUCAUGGAGAUCAGCAGGAUGUUUUCCAAGAAGGAAGCAAUCCUCGAGACCCAGGGUCUGACCCACGUCGACCAGCUAAAGCUGAAGAAGAUGAACGGCUAUGGUGGUUUGGAGCAUGCAUCGCUGGACUUUGACAGCUCCACUUCAGUACCUUAACUAAGGUUUAGGAUCUGUGACUAGAAGAUUGCGGAAGUCUCCUAUUGGCUCACCAAACCACACCUCAUCUGGCCUCAGUGGCUUCUAGCUGAGAGAAGCCUGCCCUUUCUGCUCAACACUCAGGUUCAACACAUUGCUUUGUACACAGUAUCAUAUACUGCUUUGAUAUUUAACACUGAACUUGAGACUCAAUUCAGUUUUCUUUGCUGUUUUUCAGUGCUGUUAAAUGCUAAAAGCUCAGUAACUGUCCCUUUGUGCCUGUUUCUGUUCCCUGUAUGCUAGCCCUACUGCUACAUGACACUUUCACAUGUUAAUACAAAAUAACCACUGACACUGUGUGUGUGUGCGUGCGUGCGUGCGUGCAUGCGCGCGAGACAGAGAGCUCUGUUGACAGCUGUUAAAAAUUACUUUCUUAACCAUUUAUCUGCUGUGAGACAUUAUCGAUCUCAUGAAAUCCAAGUAUGGCAAAUCAUCUUGUUUGUUGUAAAAUGAAAAUGAACAUUAACAGUGAAUUUACCAAAUAAAAACAGAGAAGCAGUGUUUGAUUACAAGAAGAGGUGUUUGAUUACAAAAUGUAUGAAUCAUCAUGUAUGCAUCGAUCUUUAUGAACUGUUGAAAUGCAGCAACCUGAAUUAAAUGAUAUACUGGUACUGUAGUACGUAGUUUUAACUGUUGCAUCACUGGAGUCUCCAUCAGUGUUUUCAGAUAUCUCAGAAAAUGUAAUACCUCAGGUGAAACUUGGAUUGUCACUUUUCAUCGUUAUUAGACCUGUGAUAACAUGUGUUUGUUUUACUUAAAUAAAAGGAUGGUGUAACACAGAAAAUAAGCAAAACUCAUUUGGAGAUAGCACCUGGAAUGAUUAACCUUGGGAAAACUCACAUUAUUGGCCAGUUGUUUGCAACAUGACAAUUUGGAACACGUUAGACAGGAACAAAAUAGAUAUACUCUGUGUUAUAAUCAUACACUAUGUGGCUAUACAUCUGUGUCAUCUUGAACUAGACCACUCUGUGAUCAGUCUCAUUAAUGUAAGGAACAAGAUCCCGCCAUGUCCACACUGACACGAUGUUUCACUUUUGAAAGAGGCCUGUUGAAAAUCAGACAAGCUACAAUGGCUGCAUAAAAUAUCAGGAAGGUUUCCCUUUGCCUAAAUUGAUGGUUUUCUUUUACCUGCUAAUGUUAUUUUGAAGUUGUCAUUAAUCCUAUUUGAACCCAGGGGUAGACUAUACAAUGCUGGGAAAAAGUCUUCACAGAUUUCCGCUGCUUUUGAUUUUCCUGUCUUACAUAAAUGAUUCAGAUAAUUAAACUGAUGUCGAACAUU